AAACUCAACCUCACUUUGCGAGGUCUCAACCCUGCAGGCAACGAGAGUGCAUAUGAGCCCAACGGCGUGGAGUGCUACAGCUGCGUGGGGCACAGCCGCGAGCAGUGCCAGGGCACCAAGCCGCAGGUUGUGAAGUGCUACAACGCCAGCGGCCGCGUUUACAAGGGAUGCUUCGAUGGCAACGUCACCUUGACGGCAGCCAAUGUGACUGUGUCCUUACCUGUCCGAGGCUGCGUCCAGGAUGAUUCCUGCACCCGGGACGGGGUGACAGGUCCAGGGUUCACACUCAGUGGCUCCUGCUGCCAGGGGCCCCGCUGUAACUCUGACCUUCGCAACAAGACUUAUUUCUCCCCUCGAAUCCCACCCCUAGUCCUACUGCCCCCUCCAACCACCCUAGCCCCGUCCACUCGGGCCCAGACCUCCUCCAGCAUCACCUCCACAGGAGCCCCAACCACGACCACCUCCACCACCAAGCCCACCUCAGCCCCAGCCAGCCACAGUUCUCCCCAUGAGGUAGAACACGAAACUGCACAAGAUGAGGAGUCACACUUGACUGGAGGUGCUGCGGGCCACCAAGACCGCAGCAAUAUGGGGAAGUACUCCCCAAAAGGUGGGGACCAGAUCCCGGCUAAUGAAGGCUCCACCUCCGUGGUUCUGGGGUCUGGGUUGCCAGCUCUUCUGUUGACUCUGGUUGCUGGUGCACUGCUGUGAGCUUCUCAUCUUGAAAUGUCCAUCUCACCCUGCUUCCCUGGCCCUGGGGUACCAACUCUUUCUGUUUCUCACUGGACUGGACUGGCUCAGCCCCUAUGCAUCCCCCGGCAUCCCCAGUUCCACUGCACUGGUUUGCAGCUUUGGGAAACAGCCUACUGUUGUAAAUAUACUGCUGGGGUGGCCCAGCUUUGUGAUGCAGUGACUGCAUUCCCCGUGAUGGUGACCAGGAAAGAGGGAAGAAAAAUCCACGGGCCUCAUGAGGGAGGCCCAGAGAGUCCCUGGCUAGCUUCCGCUUCCCGUUUUCAUAGCCAGGCUAGAAGAUGACCAGGCAGGUGGACAAUGGAUUCAUCUCCUGAAUGCUGCACUUGCCUGUCGGAAUCUGAAUCUUGUACCUGUCUUCCUUAGGAGACUGAACUACUCCAGGGCAGGGACAAACCUCUGGCCUUUCUAUGUGUUCUGGCUGGCACAGGAAGGCAUCAAUAAAGAUUUAGUUACUUUG